UGGGUCCUCGAUAUGCGUGACUGGCACCGCCGAAGAGCUCUUUGGAAGUAACUCGAGUUGCGAGACGAUCUGCUCCUGCAACUCAGCCCGCGUCCUACAUGUCCCAGAGUUUCAAAAUGACCGAACUGCCAAAUAAAGGUUUAAAGAUCAACGUUGGAAAAUCAGAGCUAUGUAGGAAUUGCUUUGCACACUGCGCGAAAAGUGGACACUCAACGAAAACUUCAGAAUCACCAUUUCACUGUGUCCUGCUAGAUGAUGCAAUUGUGUGUGGCUGAACGGUAGACAUACCGUGAAGAAGGAAGGCAAUAUCAGGAGUUGAGACUAUAAAAGUCUGU